AUGCCUUUCAAGCCCAACUGGACCGUCAUGGCUUCGGCAAGUCCUCAGGCCAUAAAGGCGUGGUCCCGGCAAGUCAAAUCAUCCAUCGUCAUCGCUCGUCAGGCAGCGCACGUCAAUGCCCAACCCAUACGAUCUGUCCAGAGGGGCAUCUUCGAGGGCGUGACGCAGCUCUUCGUCCAGUAUCCCCAGCUCGUACGAGAGUUGCCUGCCAGGGUUACGACAAAAGCUGCAACGAGAUGGCGUCCGCCUCAACUGACGUCCUCUGCUCUGCGAUCUAGUAGACCGGCUGCUCGAUCAUCUGCUUGGCCGAGCGGUCACGCUCGAGUACAGACACUCGGUCUGCAGUCUGCGCGCAGCUUCAGCUCGACUGGCUACACAUUUGCACAGCAGCAUGCUUUCCUCGCUGACCAUCUCGCUCAGAACAUUCCACUUGGUUUCAGACUACUCGGACUGGAAGCUGAGGAUCGCAUGCAUAGCUCCAAGGGCAUAGCUCAUCCCUCGGUCUCACGUAAGCGUCGUGCUACAGGCGCUACAACAGCGACCAAUGUCAAGCGCCCUGUCAAGCAGAUCAGCGCUCCUGCUCGUGCCACGGGCGCUCUGUCGGCUCGCUUGAUUCUGCCACUCUAUGCAGAAAUGCCAGCCGAUCUGCUGCAGGCACUCGAAUCUGCCGACACACCUCUGGCUUCCUACGCGCCUCACCUCUCCUUCUCGAGUCAGGAGUCUCUUUAUAGCGCACUGAGACAGCACGAGAACCAGCAGCGUCUUCACCAGAUCCGUCUAGAGCAGGUCCUCACUCGAUUGAGCGCAGCAGGCUGCUUUGCCGGCUCCAAUACGUCUUUAAUGCGAGCGACGGGCGGGCAAGGCGUCGUUUCUCAGGUCAUGGAAUGGCAAGGCCGUACGCAGCUCGUCAUCGAGUUCGAAGCACGUCGAUGGAGUGUGCUCGAUGUGCGGCAAGCGCUGGGCCUAUACAACACCAAAGGCGACUCGCUUGACAUUUUUGACAGCGGUCGCAGCUACUACGAAGUCGAGCUCGAGCGCGAGCUAGCCAGACGCGAGGCUGAAACUGUCAGCUGGUAUGAGCUCGAGCCGGAACCACAAUGGUCGUUCUUCGGCACUGCACUGGCUGAAGCCGCUGCCAACGACUCAGAUGGAGAUUCGGACGUGUCCUUCUUCCAUCUUGAGCCUAGGUCGCCUAUCUCGUCGCCGCAGCUGACGCUAUCGCCUCUGUCAGAUUCACCGCGUUCUCUGAGCGGUCUCUCGUCGCUUGCUGCUUCGCCUCAGCCUUCAGUCUCGAGGCGGUCCGUGAGGUGGGCAGAUGAAGCUGCACAGGAUCAGGUGGUUUCGAGCUUCAUGCUCCCUGCGCCAGCCACAAGCCCGCCCGUGUUCUCUGCCCAGCAUCUCGACCGACAUGCGUCUGGCUCAGAUGGGAGCGUUCAGGACUUUAUUGACUUGCUCGACGCAAUGCCACGUCCACGGCGCCGCUAG